AUGGUCAUCAACAAUGGGGAGGAUGAGCUGAACCUGCGGCGAGGUGAUCGUGUAGGCGUUGUACGUGAGAGAAGCCAGCCAAUGCAAACGACAGAAGUUACAACGGUUCCGAUCACUGAAGAAAUGGUGCAACGUGGACCUUUGUUUUCACAGGAAGAGGUAAAUGAUCUUGUUACACUGUUGAAUAAAUACCGUUGCUGUUUUGCAUUCAACUUAGGCGAACUAGGUUGUACCACCGUAAUACAAAUGGACAUAGUGGAUGACGGUCAACCGGUUGUUUGUAAACCAUAUCGGGCAAGUGCUUCAGAGCGGGAUACUAUUAGCCGUAUUGUUCGAGAGUGGAAAGAUGCGGGUAUUGUCAAAGAAACUAGUUCUCCGUAUGCAUCCCCUGUGCUACUAGUCAGCAAAAAGGACGGCGACGCCAGACUAGUCGUAGAUUAUCGGAAAUUGAAUUCGCAGACGGUACGUAAAGUAUUUCCUACACCUAAUCUUGAUGAACAUUUAGAACGACUGCAGGGGGCAAAAAUGUUUACAACAUUGGACCUUGCGUCGGGUUAUUUGCAAGUACCGUUAUCAGAAUCUGCCAAAGAGAAAACUGCCUUUAUAACGCCUAGCGAGUCUGGCCAAUUUGAAAGGAUGGUGUUCGGACUAGUCAAUGCUCCAUAUGAGUUCUCUCGAUUGAUGCAACGUGUACUACAUCCACUGAAGGACAAAGUGGCCAUGUGGUACCUCGAUGAUAUUCUUGUGCCUUCUACGUCAAUACCAGAUAUGCUAAACCGAUUACAACAGGUACUAGAGGCAUUAAAAGGGGCGAAGCUAACACUAAAGUUGAGUAAGUGCUACUUUGGUUACCCGGAAGUAGCUUAUUUAGGUUUUAUGUUGUCAGAAAAGGGUGUGCGACCAGGUGAUCAAAAGAUAAUGGCAGUCAAGGCAUUUCCCAAACCAGUUAACAAACAUGAAGUUCGGAGAUUUCUUGGUCUAUGUGGAUUUUUCAGGAGGUUCAUACCUCAUUAUGCAGAAAAAGCUCUACCGAUUAGUGAACUGUUAAAAGACGGUGAGCCCUUCGUAUGGACUACUGCCCAGGAACAGUCAUUUCAAAUGUUAAAAGAACAUCUUGUGAGCCGGCCAGUUCUACAAUUAUUCAAUCCAACGGCAUAUACAGAGUUACAUUGCGAUGCCAGCAGUGUGGGAUUGAGUGGCAUGCUCCUACAGCGCGGUAGUGAUGAUAAACUCCAAUUAGUACAUGCAGUGUCAAAAAAGACAACCAGUGCAGAGAAAAAUUAUCAUUCCAGUAAGCAAGAGUUAAUGGCAAUGGUAUGGAGCAUGAAUCGACUCCGGCCAUAUCUGAUUGGUAUCCAGUUCCUGGUAGUGACAGACUGCCAAGCCAUAGUGCAUCUGAAUACACAGAAGACUGUACAACCUCAGGUGGCAAGGUGGGCUACUAUGCUCAGUGAAUUCAACUUCAACAUUAAACACCGCCCAGGUAGUAAGAUGGGACAUAUAGAUGCACUUAGCAGAGCUCCAAUCGACAGGCCCGUGGAUACUGAAGCAGAAGUGCUUGAUGAACAUCUAGAAGUACUGGAGAUUAUGAGCGAGGAAGACCAGGUAUUAACUAUGCAACGUGCAGACUCUAAACUUAGAAUGAUUGUGGACAUAUUGAGUCGUGAGGAGUCAGAGCGUUCAGUGGCUGAAGUAACCAUGGUAAGAUACUACACUAUUCAAAAUGGCAUGUUAUAUAAAGAAGUAAAAGUAGGGGGCAAUCUGAGGUAUCUGUGGGUGGUACCAGACCCUAUGCGUAAAAGUCUUGUUGUACGGUUCCAUGAUUUGUCCGGACAUUUUGCUCUGGAUCGUACAGUCAAUAAAAUUAUGGAAAAGUAUUAUUUCCCACGAAUGCGGCGAUAUGUGAGAGUUCAUAUUAGCUGUUGUCCCGAAUGUGUUUUAACAAAAACACCACGAGGAAAACAACCUGGAACUCUUCACCCAAUCGAACCAGGAAGGCGUCCCUUUGAAGUCAUCAACAUGGAUCAUAUAGGACCGUUUGUGAAAUCAACAAAAGGGAAAAGGUAUGUUUUAGUGAUGAUUGAUAACCUGACUAAAUUUGUAAAAUUAUAUGCAGUAACAAGCUGUGGAACCGAAGGAGUGGUGAGCAGUUUACAACAGUUCAUAACUAUGUAUGGGAUCCCGAGACGUGUGAUCAGCGACAGAGGGACAGCGUUCACAGCAAAGGCAUUUGAAGAGUUUUGUUUGCAACAUGGGAUCAAACAUACGUUGAAUUCGGUGCGGCAUCCACAGUCAAACGGACAGGUAGAGCGAGUAAAUAGUACUCUAGUACCAGUAUUACAAGCCAACAUGGAGUCCGACCGAACAUGGGACAAGGAUCUGAUGAAUGUGGAACGACAAUUAAAUAAUGCUUAUAACAACACUAUUGAUGACACACCUUUUCAUGUUUUAUAUGGUUAUCUUCCCAGCUUUAACGACGGUGUACUAAGCAAUGCCACAACUAUGGAAGACUGGAAAGAUCCAACAAAAUUGCAAGACCAAAUAAGACAGCGAAUUGUACGAGAACAACAGAUGUGGAAAGAGAAGUAUGAUUCAAAACACUGUAAACCAGUUAUAUAUAAAAUUGGUGAUAUAGUGUUUAUCAGAAGACCAACGGAGGCAACUGGAGACUCCACCAAGCUUCAGAAUAAGUAUCGUGGUCCGAUGGUGGUAACCGAGGCCUUGAGUAAUGGAGUAUAUCGAGUAGCAGCAUUAAGAACCACAGAAGGAAGAAGAUACGCUACAAUGGUACAUGUAUCUCACAUUAAAGGAUACUACUUACCAUCAGCGGUUGAAGAUGAUCCAACAUUCAGCGACAAAGAGGAGAGUGAAGAUGAAGCAGACAUAUUAGUAGAGGAAAAAUCAACAACAACCAAGGAAAGUGCAGUAGGUCAAGGUGAAAGGAAACACCCCAAAAGAAUCACCAGACCACCGGAAUGGCAAAAACUUUAUAAAAUGUAA